CUCCGUCCUUUUUAUUUUCUCCUUCGGAUCAGAUCAGCUUGUUCUCAUCCUCAUCCGGUCGCUGUAUUUGGUCCGACGCCUUCGCUUGGGAAUAAUACGAGUCUAGCAAACACACCGUUGGUCUCGACAGGUGUGGAGUUUGAGUCUUGGUACUCCAGAUCGACUUACUGGAGGGGAGAUUCUUCCCGACUACCUUGUACUGCGAGCCUGUCGCCUUUUCUCAUCAUCAUCAUCAUCAUCACAUAUAUCAAUUAUCGUUGAUCAAAUUGUGUAGGUCGAGCUACUUUGCCAGAGUUUAGUUCAACUGGAGAGUCAGAGAGGAUCCUUGGACUUCGACACGUGUGUGAGAUCUUCGAUAAGUGGAAACUCGGCUAUCUCAGAAAUCCCAAGAAAACUCCACCAAUUCCACUGUCCCCGACACCUCUACCUCCGUACGAGUACGAAUACCAACCAUAUCAGAGAUAAACGAUAGUAUUCUGUCCAUCGAACGACAUCGCAAGUCAUAUCUACAAGGGAUUAAAGUCGGAUUCGGUCAUUACUCUUCCCAGGAGUGUCAUUAUUCGUCAGCUCGAUAUCAGCGGGACAAUCGGUGCUUUUGGAUCUCACAAACCCAUAUCUCUUGAGCAGUUCCACAGAUCUUGGUCUUAUGCUUAGGUAAAAGCACGAGCCCACCCUGCCCAGGAACUAUAUGAAAAUGUCUGGCCCUCAGGCCUCCGAGUCGUCAUCUCUCCUCAAAAGUCCAUCGACCACAAACACGGUCGGGCUCAACCCUCAUCCUAGCUUCACCUUACGUCGGGCCCGAUUCGGCGACCUCGCAAACGCGGCACGUACAACCACCCUCGCCUUUUGGGACGAAGUCCUCUUUGGACGUUUGAUACACCCAAGGCGCAACGAACACCCUUCCGACUUUGACAAGUACUGGUACCGACAAUUCAUAGUUGACUGGUGGGACUGGAGUCAUGUCUUUUUGGUGACGACAGAAAAGGUUGAGGGGCAACAGCAGGAGGUAAUCACGGGCUUGGCUCAUUGGACUCGAAUGGCUCCGGCGAAAAGGGACAAUCGAGUUGCAGGAUGGGAAUUGGCAUGGUGGGAUCCAAGACGCCUUUUCAAACCCCUGUUCGGACUCGUAGUCAAGGCAUUGAAGUUUGUCUCACCCAACCGUGCUGCCGCACCCGAACAUGAAGACAUCUUGGAACAAUCGGAUGGGUUCCUCGAUCACAUCUGGCAGGGUCAUCGUGCCGAGUCGUGGUACCUGGCUUGCCUGGCCGUGCAUCCCGACUUUCAAGGCAAAGGACAAGGUCGGGCGCUGGUCGCUUGGGGUCUCGAGCAGGCGCGAAAGGAAGGUGUCGCGUGUAGCGUCAUUGCCGCCGACGGUAAAGAACGCUUCUAUCAGACCUGUGGAUUCAAUGUCGGCCCCGUCGGCAGAGGAGGCGAGGGAGAUGGCAAUCCAUUGAAGAAUGUCGGUGGAGGGUUGAUCUUCUUCAGGGACAAAGAGGGCGUCAUUGUCGAGGACAGGGAGCCCGGCGUGUGGAUGGAGGGUCCUGGGGUGUUUGACUGGGAAGACUGGUUGAAGAGGACGACGGCGAAAAAGGGAGAGACCGCCGAAUGAUCAAAUCGGAGCAACUAUCCUGACCCGGUGUUCCUUUUCUUUCCCUCCACCAUCCUUCUUCACGAACUGACAGUAGAGUCAGAAUAUGUUUGAGGAGGUCAACGUUUACUCUUCGUAGACCUGAACGCGGUCCGACUCUUUGCUUGUCCAUCCAUUACCUACAAGAAUGGUCAAACAGUACCCCACCACCAUCUGGACCUGGUG